AACCGCUGCCCUGAAGCGGCUGCGCCGGCCCCUCCUGCCGCCGUGGGUGCCUCCUGUCGCCUCUUCCUCCCGGGGGGACGGGGACAGGGACAAUGCCGGGGCGGGACUGGGCGAAGAGCCCCUGGGCCGCCGGGCGGCGCUGGACCCGCAACCUUCGGCGGGACAGGUCGCCAAGCAACGCGACGGACGCGUCGGGAUCCACGGCCAUGUCCACCAAGGGGAGCAAGAAGAAGGAGCUCGGCAGCCGUGCCAGCUCAGUCCUGCUGGGCGUCUCGGCCAAAGAGUCAACUAUGUCUUCCCAUGGAAGUACUUUAAAUGAGAAGUGGAGGUUUCCUAUUUGGCCAGAAUGGAAUGAAGCAGAUAUCAAUGCAGAAAAAUGGGAUGCUGGAAAAGCUGGGAAAGAGAAAGAAAAAGCUGGAAAAAGUCCUAUUUCACACCUCUUUGAGGAUCCUGAAGGGAAAAUAGAAUUGCCAGCAUCCUUAAAAGUGCAUUCAUGGAAACGUCCACAGGAGUUUUUAACAAAUAAGAUUCCUGUGGUUGUCAAAAAUGAAACCUCAUUUGACCUUUUUUCAGCGAAUGAACAUAUAUUUUGUAGUGAGCUGAUGAGAUGGAUUGUAAGUGAAAUUUAUGCAGUCUGCAGGAUAUAUAAUGAAACAGCUUUAACUAAUGAAACAUCCACACUUUCUUGGAAACCGUGGGAACACAUUUAUGCCUUAUGUAAAGCUACCAAGGGACACAUGCCGCUGUACAAUAGCUAUGGAAAAUAUGUAGUGAAACUUUAUUGGAUGGGGUGCUGGAGAAAGAUAAUUGUGGAUGACACUAUGCCUUUCAAUGAAGAGGAUAAUUUGUUACUUCCAGCAACAACUUGUCGAAUUGAACUUUGGCCAAUGUUGCUGUCCAAAGCUAUCAUUAAGCUGGCAAAUACUAGUGUAAAUGAAACUGGAAAAAGAGAGUUGGAGGAAUUUACUGUUCUACAUACACUGACUGGAUGGAUACCAGAAGUUAUUCCUCUCCAGCCUGGAUACUUGGACAAAGUCUGGGGCUUUUUGAAAGACAUUGUGCCAGAAUUCAAGUUGCCAAAAGAGAAAACUUCAGAACUUGAUAUUCCUCAGUCAGAUACAAAACGGAAAGACACCACAGUAUCAGAGUUAAAACAUGAAGUUUCAUCUUUGAAUAAGCAGUCAGAUAAACCAGAGAAAGCUGAUAAAAUUGGCAAAGAAAAAGCAGAGCAGAAAGAAACUGGAAAGAAGAAAGGCAAAGAGGGAGAAAAAGAAAAAAACAAGUUAGCAGUUCAGGCUUCACAAAUGGCAGAAACCCAACAGGCCUUAAGUGAAAAGUCUUCUGUGCCAGCUCAGCCAGAAAUGGUUGUGUAUGCUGGCUGUAUACCACUACAUUUGUUUGAAGAGGAUAUUUUUUCAUUAGGACAGAUGGCUGAUUCUUCAGAGAAGCUGAGGCAAUAUGGGUUUUCCCACUUAUAUAGCCAUCCUGUCCUGAUUACCAGGACUAGAUCCUGUCCUUUGGUAGCACCGCCACAGCCACCACCAGUUCCUCGUUGGAAGCUUUUCCGUCAGAAAAAGGAAACUGUUGUGACAUCUGAACCUCAAGAGCCUGUGGUAAAGAAACCUGAAGAAUAUGUUGAGAUUGCUAGCCUAUUUAUGAAUUACAAAUCUAAUCUUAUCACAAUACCCACAGACAUCCACUUUCCACAGUCUACCAUCAAAAAAGGAUUUCAUUCUGUAUCCUGUCUCCCUUCUGUUACUGAAAGUGAUGAAAAUGUAAGUGACAAUAAUGUGGAUAUGAAUCAAAAUGGAAUACACUCAAAUGAAGAAGAUUCUUCUCAGGAGACCACCCUCUUUCAGCAGCAAAAUGCAGAGAGACCCAGUAAAGAAGAAUUACAUGAAAAUAUCAGAGUUAAUGCAAAACGAAUGUCAACAGUUGAUACUGGUAUGAACAUCAAGACAGGGGAUAAAUCAAAGGAAGAAAUCAAGUCAGAAAGAACUUCUGUUUCCAGGGAAACCUGGAUUAGCUUUGAAGACUUCUGUGUUUGUUUCCAGAACCUGUAUGUUUUCCACAAGCCACAUACAUAUGCCUGUAACUAUCAGAAGACAGAUUUUAAGUAUACCAGUGACCGAGUCUUCUAUUAUUUACUUGUGGACAGUCUGACACCCGUUGAAAUCCUGGUUAGUUUUUCUGCAUUAGUGCGCUGGGAUGAUACUAGAGGUACAAAACAAGAAUGUUCCACUAUUUCGAAGGGUGUGCUGAUGGUUGAACAUUUCUCUUGGAAAUGUGUGGCUCCUGGUGAGCUUGUGUUAAAGAUGCAUACAUCUGCAACCAAAGCUACUGUGUUACGUCUUCCUGCUGGGCGACACAUAUUGCUCUUCACAGUAAGUUCUCCCAUAGGGCACCAUAUUCAUCUGUGCAGCAUGGUGCCAUGUAUCUUUGGAGAAGAGGAUACUGUGAUGCCAGUUCUUGAAAAGGAUAGCUGCCGGUUUAUAGAACAGGCUACAGGUAUCCUGAAAGCUGUUGGAAAUGUGAUAAAUAAUUUCACUAGUGAACCUGAACUCUCUAAAGCCUUGAAGGAGUUGGAACUAACUCACUGUCCUCCUGGCCUUCACGGGACUGGAAUGAUUGAAGAACACUUCAAGGUUUUCAAUGGUGCGUUGUGGUAUUUGAUCAAAUGUGUAUUAGACAAGAAAGCUCCUUGCAGCUAUAAAUUUGCCUUCAGAUCCUUCACUUUGGAUUUUAAAGAUACUGAUGUUUCUGAGGAUGACACUGUGUCUUCAGAGAGUUGUGAUAAGAAUUCCCUUAGUAGUUGGCUGAGCCAAACUCCCACAUUUGAAGAAGAAGCAGCAGCUCUUAAACUUCAAGCCAUCUGGAGAGGGACCUAUGUUAGGAAAGUACUGAACAGCAGAAAACCAGGUACUAAAGAAAACACUGAUGUCAAAGAAACCUUGCAAAAACUGUGGACUGCGAUUGGGUUAAAUUUUGAACAGUAUGCUGUAAUGCUGUUAAGAGAAAUGUUUAAAAGAAACUGUGGGUCAGUUGAAAAGUAUCCUUGUUAUGAAGAUGAAUGGUGUAAAAUCUCUUUCGCUGACUAUACUGUAACAUGUGCCGAUCAGCCACCAAAUGCAUGGUUUGUGGUUUUUAGAGAAAUAUUUAUUGUUCCAGAAGACAUGCUUAUAGUGCCAAAGGUAUAUACCACUAUCCCUUCCUGUAGACUUCAUGUUGUUGAUAAUGACACACUGGAGGAAAUGCCACAUGUCUUCUUCAAAGUGGCACCUCAUGUUUAUCCCAAAAAUAAGAAAGGAUACACGUUUAUGGCUGAAGCACGUACUGGUGACAGUCCUGUGCCAGCUGGAAGAUGGAGGCUCCGGCUCAUCAGUUCUCAUAGUCCACUCCCAUUCCUCUCUCGUGAGGCUGUAAAUAAUGUCUAUACUACUAAAGAAAUUAAAGAGUAUUACCUACCCAAUGACAAGCAUGUAAUGCUCAGGUAUUCAGUAAAAGUCAGAGUAUCACAUAUCGCUACAGUACAAGUACAAACCUCUAAACCAGAUGUGUUCAUUAAAGUACAAGUCCUAGAUAAUGAGGAAGAAAUUGUGAGUGUCACUGGAAAGGGCCAUGCAGUCAUCCCUGCUUUUUAUUUCUUGAGUAAUGAAACCAUUUUGAGUUCCCACUCAAGUAAAACCCAGAUUAGUCAUAGUACAAAGAAGGAAUCAGACACUGUAGGAUCAAAAAAAAAAAGUCAUACUUCAGUUUCAAAGGAGUCCAAAACUUCUCUCAAGCCAGGAUCUCUAUCUGUAUUAGAAGAUGAAACUUUCCUCUUGGAAAACUUUCAAAAUAAUGAUGGAAGUCCACAGCAAUCUCACAAGUAUAUCAUACAAGCAUUGGUGUUGUACAAUAGCUGGCCACUUACUGAGAGUCAGUCUCUGUUUGUUCAGGAACUGAAACAAUUGGAGAAAAAUGAAAUCAAAGUAUAUGGUGAAAAGCAUGAGGAUAACAGCUUUUCCCAAAUGCUCAAUUAUGUUGAAGAACGAAAGUCUGUAAGUAUUCCUAAAUCAACCAAAAAAGGAAAAGAUAAAGCAUCUGAGAAGACAGAAAAAGAGAAGUCCAAUAAAGAAAAAGGAUCACUUGCAUCUAUUGUAUCUCAACCCGAAUUUCAGCCACCUGCUUCAAACAAAGCAUACUGGACUUUACGCGUAGUUACUGAGCAGAGAGAGGUGGACGUUCUGGACAUGAAGAAAGAUACAGAGCGAGUAGAUGAGAUCAAAGCCAUGAAACAAGCAUGGGAGUCUGCAGAGCCAGGAAGAGCUAUCAAGGCUUUUCAGGAACGCAUGCGGUUUAUUAAUAAGUAUGCUGUAAGAGAUUCAGAGCAGCCCACAGCUGGGACUGACACUGCCAGUUUAACGCCUUGCUCAGAAGAAAUAGGUAAAGAUUCUCCUUCCACAGGAAAGAAAGCAUCUCAAGCAACUAUUGAAGCAAGCUCAAAAACACAGCAUAAAAAGUGGGAGCCUAUAGACCUUAAUCCUUACAUGAGGAAAACAAGGUCUGAGUCUGUGCUAAGAAAUGAGUCUAUCAUUCAACAGCAAGAGAUACGUAAAGCGGAAAAAAUCAACCAUUUUAGGGAACUUCGAGAUAUGGCUUUGGAACAAAGAGAAAAAGAACAAAAUGACAGAGCUUUAUUGAAGCAAAAUAUAAUGGAAAUGUAUGAGAAUCUGCAGGCAUCCUUAGAUGAGACCCGAGGCAGAGUUCACAGCAUUCGGGAAGCAUACAGAAACAAGCUGCUAGAAGCUGAGCGCAUAAAACAAGAAGAGCUGGCAGCUCAAGAGGCAGCCCUUCAAGCAGAGCAAGACAAGAAAAGCCCAAAAAAGAGAAAAAGUGUAGUGAAAAAAAAGUAGUUGCUAGCACUGCUGAGUUAUAUUUAACAGUUUGGGAAAGAAAGUUUAUACGCAAA